GAAAUGGCUUUAGCACCUCAAUUUGCUGGACAUCGUUUAGGCUCUGCACUUGCGCCACAUACUAUCGAGCUUUACUUGGACUAUGUUUGUCCCUUUUCUGCCAAACUUUACAAGAAAAUUCGUGAGCAAGUAUGGCCAUAUAUCGAGCAAACAUACCCUAAUAAAGUCAAGUUGAUUUUUCGUCACCAAGUACAGCCUUGGCAUGCUGCUUCUACUGCUGUUCAUGAAGCUGCACUCGCUGUUGAAAAGCUUUAUGAUAACAAGUUCUUUCCAUUCUCUGAUGUGCUGUUUUUACGUCAAAAGGAAUUCUUUGAUGAAUCACUUGAAACAAAAUCGAGAAAACAAAUCAUUGAAGAACUGGCCCAAAUUGCGGAAACAGUUGGUGUUCCAUCUGAUAAAGUAUUGGAUCUUUUGGCUAAUGGCUCUGGAGAGCCCAAGAAUGCUGGGAAUAAAGUCUCUAAUGACUUGAAGUUGCAAGUCAAGCUUGGUCGUCAGAAUGGUAUUCAUGUCAGUCCUACCGUUUUAUUUGAUGGUCUUCGUGAUGACAGUGUUUCUUCCGGUUGGGAACUUGAUCAAUGGAAGGAAUACUUGAAAAGCAAAUUGUAACAA